UUGUCAGAGUUAGGAGACACAAAAAGCAAAUCUUGUCCCAGCAUAUUACUAAAACAGCUACUUAAACCGGAGAUACUCAAGCAAACUACCAAGAUGUCAAGCUACACAGUUGUUAUGAUAAGACAUGGAGAGAGUACUUACAACAAGGAGAACAGAUUCUGUGGGUGGCAUGAUGCAGAUCUUUCAGAAAAGGGCGUAGAAGAAGCAAAGAUUGCAGGGAAGACUUUAAAAGAAAAGGGCUUCAAGUUUGACAUUGCAUUCACUAGCGUACUGAAGCGUGCCAUAAAAACUCUUAACUUGACUCUGGAAGAGCUAGACCUUGACUGGAUACCUGUUGUGAAACAUUGGAGGCUCAACGAGCGCAUGUAUGGAGGCCUACAAGAUCUGAACAAGUCAGAAACUGCAACCAAACAUGGUGAAGAACAAGUCAAGAUCUGGAGGAGAUCCUAUGCAAUUCCACCACCUUCCUUAGAGGUAUCUGAUCCCCGAUGGCCAGGUCAUGAUGCAAGAUACGCUGACCUAGACAAGAAUGUUAUCCCAAGAGCUGAGUGCCUCAAGGACACCGUAGAGCGUGCACUACCAUUCUGGUAUGAUCAGAUCGUCCCUGCCAUCAAAAAUGGCAAGAGAGUAAUCAUAUCUGCUCAUGGUAACAGCCUCAGAGCCAUGGUGAAGUACUUAGAUGAUAUAUCUGAUGAUGAAAUUGUGGGCAAGAAUAUACCAACAGGUAUUCCACUUGUGUAUGAGCUUAAUGGUGAUCUCAAGCCAAUCAAAAGCUACUACCUGGCUGAUGAAGCUGCUGUCAAAGCCGCCAUGGACAAGGUCGCCUCUCAAGGCAAAGCCAAAUAGAUGGCUCUUACAGCAUUGAUAAACAAUAGUGUGAUGUGACCCUCCCAACGUUGAUAAGCAUGAGCAUUAUGGAACGUUUAACAGCUUGGUUUUAGUUAUGGUAUUUUGGAUUUCAAGUUGACUGGACAAUCAAAGUUGUGGCCAAUUCUGACUAUAACAAUGCACAGUUUAAUGCACAUAUGUUCACGUAUACAUAUUACAAUUCAUGUGUUACACCCAUGCUCAUGUCUGCUAGAAUCCCAUCUGCACAUCGAAAUACUAAAACACCAAAUGACAGACUGUUCGAUAACUCGACUAUCUUUGCCAAAUUUUCAAUGCCAUACUUGUUUACCUGUAUAGUGUAAUAAAAGUACAUAUGUAUAGAAAUGGGAUUAUGUUCAAACACAUACCAAGAGGUGAUACAUCUAUACAAAAAAUAUGGAGUAGUAGUAGCUGAUAGUCUGAAUAUGGUAGAUAAUGUCUGCAUGUACAUAAUAUAAUAUCAUCAAUGAUAUCAUUUUUGGAGGAUUUCCAAUCCUGCUUAAAGAAACCUUGUCUAGAGAUUGUAGAAUAAGUACAUAAUUUCAGACUAUAAAAUAGUUGCAAGCUAUAAUCCGAACAAAACAUUUCAGUGUAUUUUGUAAGCAUUUAUUCAUGUUAUUACAAUAUUAUUUAUUUGUUUUAUUCACAUGAUAUGAUCUGAUAUUGUCAUUAGGAUUUAAUAAACAUGAGGAUUUCUGCAAACUUAUUGUUCAGAAAUUCAGCUAAAAUGA